AUGUUUAAACGUAAUAAUUUAAAAUAUAUAUCUUUAGCUUUAGCAACACUUUUUUGCUUCCAUUGGGUAUUAACAGUAUUUCAUCCCAGUUCAAGUUUUUCUAAACCGUGGACAGGCUUAUUAGAACCUGAGAUAAAUGGCGAAGUAUUAAUACCUUCACAGCACGCAAAACAAAUUGGAAAAGCAAAAGCUUGUUUCGUUAUAUUGAUAAGAAAUCAUGAUUUACAUGAGUUUAGAUGGACAAUGAGACAACUUGAAGAUAGAUUCAAUAAAAAAUAUAAUUAUCCUUAUGUAUUUUUAAAUGAUGUUCCUUUCACUGAAGAAUUUAAAAAAUUAUCUAGUGCUCUUACUAAUGCUAAAACUGAGUAUGGAUUAAUUCCAACGGAACAUUGGAGCGUACCAAAAGAUAUUGAUAUGGAUCUUGUUAAUAAAAAUAUGGCAAAGAUGAAAGAGGAGGAUGUGAUAUAUGGUGAUAGUUUACCUUACCGUCAUAUGUGCAGAUUCGAAUCGGGAUUUUUCUAUAGACAUGAAUUAUUAGAUAAAUAUGAUUUUUAUUGGCGAGUAGAACCAGGAGUACAAUUUUUUUGUGAUAUUGAUUUCGAUCCUUUCAUGUAUUUAAAAGAGAAUGAUAUUAAAUACACUUUUACUGUAUCAUUGUAUGAAUAUCAAAAAACAAUUCCAACCUUAUGGGAUUCUGUUAAGGAAUUUAUGAAGAAAUAUCCUCAAUAUAUUGAAAAAGACAAUUCAAUAGAAUUUAUAUCGGAUGAUAAUGGGGAAACUUAUAAUUUAUGUCACUUUUGGUCAAACUUUGAAAUCGCUGAUUUAAAUUUUUUGAGAAGUGAAGCAUAUAUGAAAUUUUUCGAUUUUCUUGAUAAAAAAGGCGGAUUUUUCUAUGAACGAUGGGGAGAUGCGCCGGUUCACUCAAUCGCUGCAGCAUUAUUUUUGAAAAAGCACCAAAUUCAUUUUUUUAAUGAAAUUGGUUAUAAACAUGACCCAUUUAUGCAUUGUCCGGCUGAGGAGACACUACAAAUGAAAUGUCACUGUGAUCCAGACGAGAGUUUUGAUUACAAAGGAUAUAGUUGUACCGGAAAGUUUUUACCUUGA